CCUACGAUAUACUGUCCCAAGUGCCCGGUUCAGGGUUCGUCUCAAGAGGAUUCCGCAGUCUCUCUCUCACCGAUCUUAUAAAUAUCAUUCAAUGAUUUAAUUGGUCUCGAGGAAUCGGAAUUGUCUCUCUAUUAAGUUAUAAAAAGCGAGCAUUUAUAGAAAUUUAAACAAUUCUUAUAGAGAGUGUGAGUCAGUUACGCUUAUGAUUAACUACUCUUGUAAUCGUUUAUAUUAAAGAAAAAAAAAAAAGAAAACUUUUUUCCGUCUACUUUUUUUUUAUUCAUUAAAUAUUUAAUUAUUGAAAAUGUUUUGCUCGUCGUCGAUCGAAGUCUGAUUUAUUUUCGUUCUUUGCAAACAGUUGUCAGGCUUUUAGCUUGUGAUCAUUAUGUUAGUUAUGCACUGUGGUGAUGAAAAUUACUCAUUAUUGGCGCAUUUAUAAUCGAAAUACAAAUAUAAAUUUUUAUAUUAAUUUAUAAAAAAAAUUCAGUUAGUGUACGUAUAAAAGUUAAAGUGGGGAAAAAAAUAUUGUUUUUUCACGUGUGUGUAAAAAGUGUCGUUUUUUUCUUUAAAACAGUCAAGAAAGAAAGACCACGGAUUAUAUUGGAAAACUGAGGAGAAAUUUUCUUCAAUAAAAGUGUAUUAUGUAUAAUAGGGUCGAUGACACAAUGAUUUAAAGGCUAAUAUCAGCAGUGAAGGAAGUAUCAAUACUGAAGCAAUAACUCAACUUAAUUUGAAUUAUUACAAGAUAAUACCUCAUUAUCAUGAUCAUUGUAUUAAAAGAUUUCGAUUUUAUAAUAAGUUUAUGAUUUUUAUUUUCUAACCGAUGAUUUUUUUAUCGAUUGAUAAAGAAUUUCUCGUAAAUCCUAAAAGGUGACUCGGGAAAAUGUCGAUUAUUGUGAAUUUAAGUGAAAUGGAGAUGAAUUUGACGAAUAGCGAAAAAUACUCGACGGAAAUGGAUCUUCCGAUUGAUAUGCAAUUUAAUGACGGGCACGUCGUUAGUAUCAUAACAUACAGUGUACUUAUGGUAAUAUCAGCGAUAGGAAAUAUAACAGUUCUGGUCCUCAUUUGUCAAAGACGCAGAACUUCCAGGACGAGAAUUAAUACAAUGCUGAUGCAUCUAGCGAUUGCAGAUUUAUUUGUGACAUUUUUAAUGAUGCCAUUCGAAAUCGGUUGGGCGAUUACUGUCUCAUGGCAAGCAGGCGAUGUGAUGUGCAGAAUAAUGGCUUUUUUCCGAAUGUUUGGCCUGUAUUUAUCGUCUUUUAUACUCGUUUGCAUAAGUGUCGACAGAUAUUAUGCAGUAAUAAAACCAUUACAACUUGGAAAUAUUCAAAAAAGGGGGAAAAUAAUGCUUGUCGGUGCUUGGAUGGGUUCUGUAGUUUGUUCGACACCUCAGAUGAUAGUAUUUCACGUGGAAAAUCAUCCGAAUUUCACGUGGUAUCAACAGUGCAUAACAUUCAAUACGUUCCCGAGUUCUACGCAUGAAUUAACUUAUUCUCUAUUUGGAAUGUUAAUGAUGUAUUGGGUUCCACUGACAGUUAUCAUUUACACAUACACCAGUAUUUUAAUUGAAAUUUAUAAACGCUCACGAGAUUCCGACGUUGGUAAGAAUAGAUUAAUUACACUCAGCUCGAAAGUAGACAAUUUGUAUAAAAUUCGUCGAUCCUCAUUGGGAUAUUUGGGAAGGGCGAGAAUUCGUACUCUUAAAAUGACAAUAAUUAUUGUUCUUGUAUUCUUCGUUUGUUGGACUCCGUAUUACGUUAUGAGUCUGUGGUACUGGGUCGAUAGAAGUUCUGCGAUAAAAGUGGAUCAGAAAAUACAAAGAGCUUUGUUUUUAUUCGCUUGCACGAAUUCCUGCAUGAAUCCCAUAGUUUAUGGAGUUUUCAACAUUCGUAAGAGAAAAAAGGCGCCGGUUCGAGCGGGCACCAUAGAAACAAGGGCGACUCCACUUUCACUCUCUGUGAAACUUCUUGGCUGACAGGAAACUGAAAACAGUCAUAAUAAGAGAUUUUUUUAGUUCCUUCGAAUUAUUUUCGAUAAAUUUAAUACUCAAAGUGAUCUCAUGAAUAUUCCUAACUUAAUCACUAUUUAUAUAUAAUAGUUUAAUUUAUUAAUUACGAAUGAAGAUUAGUUUAAUUUAUUUAUAUUUAAGAAAAAAUAGAAUUUGUAAUAAAUUGACUACUUGAUUUGAUACUUAUAUUUUUUUAUACAAGUAAUAGAAUCAUAUAAUAAAAAAUAUUUA